AUGUACAUGCGGUAUAAGGCACUUCGCCCAGCAGGCUUUUGCGUAUCUCGGCAAAACGGGCCGCCUCCGACGUUGGAUGAAUUGCGCGCCUCGUUCCUCCAGGGCCCUGAUGAGCCGGAAGCAGCAAGGGUCGUGUCGUCAAUCUUACCGUACGCUAAGACCACGAAUGGCACACGCCCGUUCUGGGGCAGUAAGCGCUCCGAGCUGAACGCCAUGGUCAACCAGCUUGGCACGGCUACUACGAUGACUACAAACUGGAGAUCUAAGGCCGAAAUCAACCUUGACCCUGCUCGUUAUCUUCAUCCAUGGACGUUUUUAAUGGCUGCUCUGCGAAAUCCUGAAAUCCGAGCAGGAUAUUUCAAACAAGCUCUUCAAGAACCAGAACUUCGGACGUACUUUCUGCGACUACUACCUACCCCGAGAAAGAGGGAAACCCCGCCGCGUGCCGCAUGGUGA